UUUCCCAAAAACGAGCACUUCAAGGUAACAAAGUUCUGCUGCUCUAUCAUAGGAUUAUGGCCAUUCUCGUUUUCCCGGAAUCCCACUCGGCAAAAAAUAUAUUUCGCAUAUUCUAAAUUCAUUUACCUCUUUACUUGCCUAGUUGUGAGCACUUAUAUCAUACAAUUAACGAAACUGCUUAUCGACGAAGUAAUUUUUGUGAAUGAAAUUAUGAGCAACGUUAGUAUUACCGCAUUACACUUGCUCAAUCUGAUUCGAGCGUAUGCUUUGAAAUCAACAAGGGCGAAGGAUAUGAUAAAGGAUGUGCUUUCUAGGGAGAAACGAAUUGUAAACUCCCAUUCUCGCCUUACAAGGAUUUACAAUGAAUUCGCAAAGAGAAAUAAUUAUUUUAUUGUCGUACGUGUACACGUGCAGCAUAUUAAUAGAUACUUGUUUUUACGCCAUUUAUCCACUGAUUGCGCCUCCUACUGUAAAAUUCUACCCAAAGAGGAAUGUAACCGUAAUUAACAAGUUGCUACCUUUAAGCAUAUGGUUACCUUUCGACGACCAGGAAUAUUAUUAUACGGCCUAUUUUAUUCAAUGUUUUUGCGGAUUAAUUCCGACAUUUUUCACCUUAUUUUCCGACGCGCUUACAAUAGGCCUCAUAAUUUACGCAAUAGGCCAGUUUAAAAUCUUGAAUGAGUUAUUCACGAAUUUUGAAACGUAUGCAAAUCAAAUGCAACAUCAAUUGAAAUGCAGCAAAGAGGAGGCUUGUUUUGUAACUUUAAGAGAGUGCAUACUACUGCAUAAGUCAAUGUUAAGCUUUAUAGAUAGUUUUAAUGAAUUAAUGGGCAAUGUUAUGGUACUAGAUUUCUUGCAAAGUUCUUUCCAAUUGGCAUCUGCCAUGCUUCAAGUUUUGACGGUUACGAUAACACCUAUUCACUUUCUGUUGGGUUUUCAAUUGGCAAUGUGCAUGGUGAUGAGAUUAUUGAUUUAUUAUUGGUCUGCAAACGAAAUUAUAAUUGAGAGUUCUCGUAUAUCUGUAGCAAUAUACAAUAGUCGUUGGUACGAGCAAUCCGAAGUUAUCAAGAAAUCUCUUCUUAUUUUAAUUCAACGAUGCAACAGGCCUUGCAAAUUGGAAAUUGGAGGUUUUGGAAUAAUGUCUCUUGAAACAUUUAUAUCUAUCAUGAGGGCUACGUAUUCGUUUAUAACACUCAUUUAUAAGUUUAAAUAG